UGUUCUUUUGGAUCGAUGCUAUACAACCACAAGUCCUUACCCAGGAAACAGCACAUCAUUUGACCUGUUUGUCGGAUGCAACCUCGAUCUACAAACCAUAAUGGGUGUGAAUGGAGAACAGCAGGUGGCGCGCUUCUCGUUCGAGACUUUUCGCUUUGUGGAGCACAGAAACAAGACUGUGUCGACGUUUUAUCUGCACUGCACCACCAGGCUCUGCGAGAGCUCUUUCUGUAGAUCCUUACGGCAGAAUUGCACAACCCCCGGAAGGACGCGGAGGGCCGUCCAGUCAGCUCAGGGAACCUCAGUGAGUGACUUUGCCACGGUGAGCUCUAGGCCAAUCGUCACCAAAGUGGACGAACCAUUUGCACCUGUUGCUACAGUGUCUAAGGAAUCGAAGCAGGAUGAGGUGGUGGUGGGAGUCUCUGUGGCAGCAGGGGUAUUCGGAGGCCUGUGCCUCAUCAUGCUGGCUGUGCUCAUCUACAAAAUCCGCAAGGACAAGUUCAGUGCAGACAAAUCAAGCCUCUUCCACUGACAGCUCUCAAACAGAUCCCAUUCUUCUCCACUGAGAUGGUUCACUCACCACCAUGAAAGUUGUUCUCAUAGACACUCUAAAAGGGCUUCUGCAUCUAGACAUGAAGUUUGGUUGAGCUCAAGGUUUAGAGGGCAGGAAUGGGAUGGAGAGUAGAUGAUGCCAUAAGGAAGAACAAAAUGUCACGAAACUACUGUUAUAAAUAGGUCUGUGCCUUACAGUAAUACAGUCUACUGAAUGGAUUAGAUGUCAAUUUUUUUGCAUGCCAACGUUCAUUAUGAUUUUAACUAUAUUCCAUUUAUAUAUCUGCAUUUUUGGGUUUUCUGUAACAGGGCAUUCUUGUAAAAAAAAAAAAAAAAAGUAUUUUGCUAUUGUAAUUUCUAAGAACAAUUAAA